GGGGGGGGGGGGGUGGUUUGUAUAAGCCAUUAGGCCCCACAAAUAACAUUUUAAGGAGUGAGAUUUCAAAAUUGUAAGCUAUGUGCAAGAUUUCAUUUGUCAGAGUAUAAUGCAUGUGAUAUAUAGUGUCAAGUGAGACUGUUAACUACUCGUAAUUUUGAAAAAAAAAUACCCUAAAAAUGCGAGUGAAUUUGAUCUAAUUUUUUUUUUCUUGGAGAUUGAAUGAGCCAUUAGGCCCAUUACAAAUAGCAUACAAAGAAUUGAGAAUUCAAACUUGUAUCCUAUGGUCAAGAUCUCAUUUGUCAAAGCAUAAAACAUGUGUAUAAUGCCACCUAAUGUUGAAACUUAGCUUGAAAGAAAAGACUAUCAUAAAACUUGAGUGAAUUUUAUGUAUAAUUUUUUUUUUCUUUGGGGUUUGAAUGAGGCAUUAGGCCCAUUACAAAUAUCAUACACGGGAUUGAGAACUCAAACUUGUACUCGGUUAAAAUCUCAUUUGUCAAAACAUCAAGGCUAUCAUAAAACAUGAGUGAAUUUUUUCUUUGUGGUUUGAAUGAGCCCUUAUGCUUAUUACAAAUAACAUAUAGGGGAUUGAGAUUUCAAACUUGUAUCUUAUGGUCAAUAUCUCAUUUGUCAGAGCAUAAAGCAUGUGAUACAUUGACAGUUAGUUUUGAACGAAAGGUUAUCCUAAAACGUGAGUGAAUUUAAUGUAUAAAAGACUAAUUUUUUUUCCUUAAUUUAUGUUUGAAUGAAAAAAAGUCAUUAGACCCAAAACAAAUAACAUAUAGAGGAGUUACAAUUCAAACUUGUAUCCUAUUGCCAAGAUCUCAUUUGUUAGAGCUUUUUUUUUUUUUUUUUUGAGGGAGCAUAACUCAUGUGAUAUAGUGACAACUAAUUUUUUUUAAAAAAAAACUACCAUAAGUGAAUUUAAUGUAGAAAGACUACUUUUUUUCUUGGGGUUUGAAUGAGCCAUUAGACCCAUAACAAAUAUCAUCAAGGGGUGUAAGAAUUCAAACUUAUAUCCCAUAGUCAAGAUCUUAAACCCAAUUUGUGAAGGCAUAAAACAUGUGGCAUAAUGACAGCUAAUUUUGAAGAAAAAGACUACCCUAAAACAUGUAUAUAUACUCCGUACUUCAUUAUAAAUACAAAACAAAAUACACCUCAUUUCCAAUAAACAUAAAACAACCAAUUACCCUAAAAAAAAUUGUCAUUUUACUUUUCUAGUGCACGCAACCACACAUCCUAAAAUGCGUAAUGCUUUGAGGAUCACUCUUAUAACCUCCCUCCUCCUAAUUUGUUAUUCAAGGCAAAUAAUAGCUGAUGGAUGUGGUUCUUAUUGUGUUGCGAAACCGGAGGCCUCCGACGAAUUAAUACAAAAGGCGCUAGAUUAUUGUUGUGGAAAAAAACCAGAAAUAUGUGACGAUAUACAAACAGGAAAGCCAUGUUUUGUGCCCGGCGAUCUAAGGGCAACUGCCUCUUAUGUCUUUGAUUCUUGGUUUAAAGCAAAUGUCGGAUGUGAUUUUGAGGGCGCUGCAACGAUAGUUUCCAAUGAUCCGAGUCAUGGCGACUGCAAAUACAAGUGUAAAAAUGGGUGAAAAGUUGUACAACAUGAUGCAAAGUUGAAAGGAAAUGAAAGAUGCACAAAUUCUAUACAAUAAUUUGUGUAAUUUGCAUCAAAAGGAAGAAAUGUGAAAUCAAACAUGUUUAGAAUAAUUUAAAAUGUGGCAAUAUAUUGAAAUGAGUUUUUUGCAACUAUGUUCAAGGUUAUUAGUGUAUUUUAAAUAUUGUUGUUUAUUUAAGUGGGGCUUGACCAAUUAUUAAUGCACCUAAGUAAGGUGAAU